GAAAGCGAAGGAAGUGGAGGCAACCUUGAAGGGUUCCUGGGACGGUGCGGCACAGGGAUCUUGAAGGAAAUGAGGGCUGCGGGAGCUCAGAGGGAAGAGAGCAGUUAGGGCCGUCAUGACCACCGUCCAAGCCACGAAGGAUCCCCUCCUCCGGGGUGUGUCUCCUACGCCUAGCAAGAUUCCAGUACGCUCAAAGAGAUGCCCGCCUUUCCUCACAGUCAAGCCGAGUUCCCAGGACCAGGAGAACCAAGAUCCGGGGAAAUUGGUGCAGAAGCCGCAACUUAGUAUUCAACGUACGCUUGUUGACUCAGCAGGCCCCAGGUCAAAAGCCACGUACCAAAAAGAGAAAUCACAAAAGUCCAUGGCAAUCACUCAGCUUCGGAACCCCCUGGAGGAGCUCAGGCCUAGCCCUGGGGGACAAAAUGCGGGGCUUAAGCCCCCUCCACAGACAGAAGCUCCAGGGCCCCUAGAGUUUGUGGCUGACCCUGCAGCCCUGGCCACGAUCCUGUCAGGUGAGGGGGUGAAGAGCUAUCCAUUGGGGCGCCAGUCCAGCCUGGCUCGGAGAGUACUGGUUCGAGGGAGCCAGGGAUGUUCCAUUCGGCGGGGCCAGGGUGCUCGAGCGUCUGCAUACUUGGCCCCCAGAACCCCCAUCCACCGACUAGGCCCUGGUAGAGCUUCUUGCUUCUCAAGACUGGAGGGAUCUGGACCCCAAAGUCAGACUUUGUGCCCCCAGAGGCUCGAGACUUUGGUUCUACCUUCAGGAUCUUCCUUUCACUCCCCCACCCGCCCUAGUUUACAGGAGCUCAGAAGAGAGACAGGUGGCAGAAACCGGACUUCAGUGAGCCAUGUCUCAGGAUUGCUCCUGGAAAUCCCUGUACAGCCUGCUUCUUUCCCUGAAGAACACAAAAAUGUCCUUCAUUCAGAUGAAGGAACAGAGGCCCUCCUAGGUCUGGCCCAGCAAGUACCUUUAGGAGAAACCAGAGAGAGAGCACACCCCAGGGAUGCCCAUGACUCCCAGUUAGUGGCCUCCCCUGCCCCUGUGGCCCAGCCUGUGCCUGGCCGUAUGGCACCGCCUGUCAUCCAUUCAUCGCCUUUCGGACGGGCUCAGCGUGUACCCUCCCCUGGCAUCCCAGCUCUGACUUCAUAUUCAUUAUUGCGGCGUCCCACCAUUCGACCCAAAAGUCAGUUCACUCCAUUCACCCCCAGACUUCAGCGGGCCCAGUGGUUGAGUGGCUUCACCCCUCAGUCCUGUCCUGAAGAGCCUGGUCUGCCUUGGGAGCAGAUUGCUAUACGGUUGUUUGAGCAGGACAGUGGUGCAAACUUGCAGGAGCAGCCUGGGAAACUAACCAUGUCAAGUCCUAGAUCACACCCAUACGGCGCCCUCAACUUCCAGGAGCUAAAACUGCAGCGCAUUGGUAUCCUGCAGCAGUUACUGCGCCAGGAGGUAGAAGGGCUGGCCGUGAGCAAGUGUUCCCCCCUUAAUGGAGGCUGCUCUCUGAAUAUGGUUGAACUUCAGCCCCUGCUAGCUGAGAUUUCUAGAACUCUAAAUGCUCCAGAGCAUAAUUCUGGGACAUCACACCUUCCUGGACUGUCACAGCACUCUGAGCUGCCAGAGCCCUGCCUUCCAGAGGAGUGUGGGGAAGCACAGCUGUGCUCUGGGGUGACACAACCAGAGCCGGCGGUGACACAGCUGUGCCCACCAACUGAGUCAGGGCCUCCAGAGUCUUGCUCUAAGGCCAGGCCAGAGACACGAGAGCCUUCCUCCCAGGAGCAGCCCGAGGAAACAGAACCCUGCCCACCAGCUGAGCCUGGACCCGUGCAGCCUCAGCCCCAGAGACAGACUGCAUCCGAAGAGGCCUGUCGUAGAGUAAUAUUAGGGACAUCAGAUACCUGUUCCCUGGAACCAAAAUGCCUGAAGUCCAGUCCAUGGCACUGCUGCGGUCAGGGAGCUCCAGCAGCCACCAGUCUGACCUUCUCUUCCCAGCACCCCCUUUGUGCCAGCCCCCCUAUCUGCUCACUUCAGUCUCCAAGACCCCUGAUAGGCCAGGCAGGUCCUAGCAAUCUGGGCCCUCGAACCCUGGCCCUGAGGCAGCGCCUCAAAGCAUGUCUCACUGCUAUCCACUGCUCCCAUGAGGCUCGUUUGGACGAUGAGUGUGCCUUUUACACCAGCCGAGCCCCUCCCCCAGGGCCCACCCGGGUCUGCACCAACCCUGUGGCCACACUGCUUGAAUGGCAAGAUGCCCUGUGUUUCAUUCCAGUUGUUUCUGCGGCCCCUCAGAGCUCUCCAUCCUGAGGCUCCCACCAUUCACACCUCACCCCUUCCUUUUAGCCCUUAUUUAUUUGGUCUUCCCAUGGG